UUUUGUGUGUGAUCAUUGUGGCGUCGCUGAGAAUUGGGCUUGCCUUUUAGCAUCAACGCACCGAUCGUCACGCCGGGGGCUUGAUUAUUUUUCAUUAAAAGCUAACUUGCUAAAACGUUCGGAUGACUUAUCUUGCCGUGUUUUAAGAUAAUAAAAUGACAUUUUUAAUGGGGGGGGGGCUAUCGGAGAUGCUGCGAUGUUGUUACGUCACAAGCUGUGUUGUCAACGAGCUAGCCCCACGUGACCGUUUGCACCUGCUCCGCCGUGACAUCAUCACGCCCGCGGCCCACUUUUAUAGCUUAAUCGAUGAAACACCAUUACGGCAUCUAUGCGCUUAGUGGAUAAAAUGCCGAAAUAAUAACAGCAUUAUCAAUCAAUCAAUCAAUGGUUAUUUAUAUAGCCCUGAAUCACUAGUGUCUCAAAGGGCUGCACAAACCACAACGACAUCCUCGGUAGAGCCCACAUAAGGGCAAGGAAAAACUCACACCCAGUGGGACUCAUCAAUCAAUGAUUAUUUAUAUAGCCCUAAAUCACUAGUGUCUCAAAGGGCUGCACAAACCACAACGACAUUCUCGGUAGACCCCACAUAAGUGCAAGGAAAACUCACACCCAGUGGAACGUCGGUGACAAUGAUGACUAUGACAAACCUUGGAGAGGACCGCAUUACAGUAUCUAAAUCAGGCCCGGGCAAUUAUUUUGACUCGGGGGGCCACAUUUAGAGAAAAAAAUGUAUCUGGGGGCCGGUAUAUCUAUUUUUAGGAACACUAAUACAAAACCUCACAAUAAUGUCUGAUUGAAUGCUAAAAAUGUUAUGACAGAUCGCCUUAAAAAAAACCUAAUGGAAUUUAAAAAAAAAUUAUGAACAAUAAAACACUGAAUAUUGACAAAAUAUGAAUGUCACACCCGCUUUCGAUCGACAUAUUUUACAAUCAGGUGAAACGCAACAAAAAUCCAACAAACAGUGAAAUACGAACGCAAAGGGUACAAAAUAAACUUACCUACAAUCUGAUACAUCUGAUAUUUGCUGAAUUCUCCCCAGGGAUCAAUAAAGUACUUUCUAUUUUAUUCUAUAUAUCACUAAGCUUUAGAACUUUGUUGUGAAAAUCUCCUUCCACGUCUGUGGAAACACUUCCCGCUCACACUGCUUGGUGCCUCGUCUGAGCUGCUGUCACGUAGAUGACCAUAGUAACUAAUUAGAUGACCAUAGUAACUUAUUACAUAACCAUAGUUACUGGUAUAUCAUCCAUAAGCGCAGAUUCCAACCAUUGAAAUACUUUGUAUAGUUGAAGACUUGCGGUCAAUAGAAAACAUGACUGCAUAUCAUAAUGGCAGCUACAGUUUCCAUCUUAAAGGCCUACUGAAAUGAGAUUUUCAGGUCCAUUCUAUCUGUCAUAUUUGAUCAUUUCACGAUAUUGCCAUAUUUUUUCUGAAAGGAUUUAGUAGAGAACAUCCACGAUAACGUUCCCAACUUUCGGUGCUAAGAGAAAAGCCCUGCCUCUACCGGAAGUCGCAGACGAUGACGUCACAUGUUUGAUGGCUCCUCACAUAUUCACAUUGAUUUUAAUGGGAGCCUCCAACAAAAAGUGCUGUUCGGACCGAGAAAACGACAAUUUCCCCAUUAAUUUGAGCGAGGAUGAAAGAUUUGUGUUUGAGGAUAUUGAUAGCGACGGACUAGAAAAAAAAAAAAAGUUAAAAAAAAGAAAAUGCGAUUGCAUUGGGACGGAUUCCGAUGUUUUUAGACACAUUUACUAGGUUAAUUCUGGGAAAUCCCUUAUCUUUCUAUUGUGUUGCUAGUGUUUUAGUGGGUUUAAUAUUACCUGAUAGUCGGAAAGAGGUCUCCACGGGUGUCUUGACGCGCAGUGUCUCAGGGAAGUCGUCGGCAGCUAUGGACGACACAAGCUCAGCUUUUCUCCGCUUGUAGGUAAACAUGGCGGUGGAGAAGCGCCUGGCGUUCUCUAUCGUGCAGUUCCUACGAGAUCAGACGCACGGCGGCACUUUGAAUUCUGACGAGCAGGAAAGCCUGGAAGUUGCCAUCCAAUGCUUGGAGACCACCUUUAAGAUCGGCGCCAGCGACUGUCACCUGGCGGCACCGCAGCCCCUCAUUGAGGUCUUCCUCAAUUCACUGCUCAAGAACGACAUCCUGAGCAUGCCGACAACAUCGCCAUCUCCAGAAGAGGCCGAACGAGCUGAGCAGCUGAAGAAUGAAGGGAACAACCACAUGAAGGAGGAGAACAACCGAUGUGCAGUGGAAUGUUACAGCAGGGCCAUCGAGCUGGACCUGAGGAACGCCGUCUACUACUGCAACAGAGCGGCCGCUCAGAGUAAACUGGGGAACUACACGGAGGCGACUGGCGACUGUGAGAGAGCCAUCGCCAUCGACCCCAGCUACAGCAAAGCGUACGGCAGGAUGGGCCUGGCGUUGACGGCCAUGAACAAAUAUCCCGAGGCCAUUUCCUACUUCAAGAAAGCGCUGGUGCUGGACCCCGACAACGACACGUACAAGUCCAACCUGAAGGUGGCAGAGCAGAAGCUGAAGGAAGUCAGCAGUCCAAUUGCGGCUGGACUAGGAUUCGACAUGGCCAGUUUAAUCAACAACCCUGCCUUCAUCAGCAUGGCAGCCAGUGUGAUGCAGAACCAACAAGUCCAGCAGCUCAUGUCGGGAAUGAUGUCCAACGCCGUGGGCGGGCCGGCGGCUGGAUUAGGCGGACUGUCGGACAUUUCCAGUUUAAUUGAAGCAGGGCAGCAGUUUGCCCAGCAGAUCCAGCAGCAGAACCCGGAGCUGAUCGAGCAGCUACGGAACCACAUCAGGAGCCGCUCCUUCAGCGGCAGCGCUGAGGAGCACUCGUGAUCCGCUCAGAUGGGAGUGUCCCGACAACCAAGAUGAUCCCACCCAGGCUGGAUCCGAGAGAGGACUGUAAAGAAACAAAAAAACAUGCGACGCACAUGACUGACUUAUCUUCAGAGUGGUCCAAAAUGCUUUUUCUGGGACUCGUGACGCCAUGUUUGUUCUUCUCAUUCAACCCUCAGUGUUCACACAUAGAAGACGCCAUCACAUUUUAGACAUGUUACUAGAUGUGUCGUAAUAAGGUUGGGAAUAAGCGGUAGAAAAUGGAUGGAUGGAUGGAUAUAUAUAUAUAUAUAUAUUAGAGAUGCGCGGUUUCACCCACGGAGUCUGCUGGUCGGGCGGGUGACAUGACGAAAAAAUCGAUUUUAAAUAAAUUCGGGCGGGUGGCGGUUGAACCAUUUGGAAAUAUAUGAUAUACAUGGUUCAGAGAUCGGUAACUUUUACCAUUCAAAGAGCCAUUUUGGACCCGUGUCACAAAGCGAAAAAGACAUUAGUUGAAGUAAACAUUCUCAAGUAUGUAUGCCGGCAGUCACCCAGUUAAUAAGUAUUAGGGCGUGCUAUGAAGCCUUUGCCUUUGACGCCUUCUACAACAUGUACUAUUUACUUGCAAGUCCAGCAAUAUGUUGUGAGUGGCUUCCACUGACACACCCACACGACCGCAAGGCAUACUGGGUGAUACAGAGUACACUGAUGGUUGUGAUAUAAACAAUUUUAACACUCUUACUAAUAUGUGCCAUGCUGUUAAGCCACACCAAACAAGAAUGACAAACACAUUUCGUGCGUCGGUAAGGUGGGCGGGGUUGGGGGCGCUGGGGUGUAAAAUAUAUCCAGGAAAUGUCAUGAAUGCAAAGGAUUCUGGGUAUUUGUUGUGUUGCGUUUAUGUUGUGUUACUGUGAGGAUGUUUCCCGAAAUGUUUUUGUCAUUCUUGUUUGGUGUGGCGCAUAUUAGUAAGAGUGUUAAAUUUUGUUAUUUUACAACCAUUAGUGUACUCUGUAUCACCCAGUAUGCCCUUCAAUCUUGUACGUGUGUUUGCGUAAGGUGCAUACAACAUGUUGCUGGACUGACAAACGGUUCGUACAUGUUGUUGAAGGUGUCAAAGGCAAUGGCUUCACAGCACGCCCUUAUUCCCGUUAUCUGAAUGAACACCAUCGGACAUUCGCUAGAACGUUAGCGGCUCCCAUUGCCUUCUUUACUUUGUGACACGGGUCAAACUAGCUCUUGCAAUGGUAAAGGUCGCCGACUCCGCAUAUAUAACAACGGGCAGGUGGCGGGCGGUUGCAGUUCUGAUUAAAUGUUAGUGCGGGUGGAUGACGACUUUAGUGAUGCGGUUGCGGAUUAUAUAAUUGCCUAUCCGCGCAUCUCUAAUAUAUAUAUAUUGCCUAUACAUAUAUAUCAAUAUAAUGGAUGUAUGACUUAUAAUUAAUAUAAUUGGAUAUAAAGAGUACCGUAUUUUUCGGAGUAUAAGUUGCACCUGCCGAAAUUUCAUAAUAAAGAAGGAAAAAAAAAUAUAUAACUCGCACUGGAGUAUAAGUCGCAUUUUUGGGGGAAGUCUAUUUCAUAAAACCCAACACCAAGAAUAGACAUUUGAAAGGCAACUUCAAAUAAAUAAAGAAUAGUGAACAACAGGCUGAAUAAGUGUACGUUAUAUGACGCAUAAAUAACCAAGUGAGAAGGUGCCUGGUAUGUUAACGUAACAUAUUAUGGUAAGAGUCAUUCAAAUAACUAUAACAUAUAGAACAUGCUAUACGUUUACCAAACAAUCUGUCACUUCUAAUCGCUAAAUCCGAUGAAAUCUUAUACGUCUUGUCUCUUGCAUGAAUGAGCUAAAUAACAUUAUUUGAUAUUUUACAGUAAUGUGUUAAUUUCACACAUAAGUCGCUCCUGAUUAUAAGUUGCACGCCCGGCCAAACUAUGAAAAAAACUGCGACUUAUAGUCCGAAAAAUACAGUAUGUGAAAAUUGGAUUCCUACCUAGUUCACUUCUGUGACGAUCUCUUUAAGUUUUGUAAUCAACCAGAAAUAUCAAGGAGCUAAAAUGCACCAACCAUGGAUACGUGGAGAGGGUUUUUCAUUUUCCCAUCAUGCUUUUUAAUGGAUUUAAAUGGGUGUAAUUUGGAUUUUUUUAUGGUGAAUGGACAUUUUUUAUCAUAUCUAAAGUUCAUUGAGCAAGAACAUUGCUCAACCAAUUUUUUUUUUUUCACCAUGACAAGGGAAGGUUGUUUGCAAUGGGUAAUGUAUGUAAAUGUUGUGCGUGUUUCCACUCAGAGCAUAGUUAAACAUCAUUGUCUUGAUUAACUCGCAUUUUCCACUUGAUGGUGACAAAUUGGCAGCAUCAUAGAUAGUUGAAUAUAUUCUUCCUGCUGGCAAGAUGCCGCAUUUUGCGGGGCAAAUUGAAUGCGUCGGCGAGCCGUAGAUUGGACAUCCCUAGUUUACAUAGACUAACAAGAUUAGUCUUGCACUUUAUUACGAGUACCAUUUAAAGAAGUACAUACAGACUCACCCAGUUGUACUUAUUUAGGGCCUUAUUCUCCCACUUGUGUUGUUUCACGCACGUGAAAUCUUAUUCAUAUCCUUCCAUCGACCCCACCUAGUGCCUCAGUCUGGAAUGAAGACGAGCUCGUUACUAAUGACAGUUCAAUUGAUAGACGCUACAUUAUAUGUAUUCUUCAUUUAACUAUAUGUAUUUUUCAUUAAAUAGUCACAUAGUUCAAUGAUCCCAGUCCAGGUGCAUUGAACGUCCAUUAGUACCAGGAUGUUUAAACAUGGCAGAUAAACGCACGGUCCCCUUCCGCUGUGAUCGCACUCACAAGACAACGAUGUGCAUUUUGAUUUGUGAUCGAUUCACAAGCAGUCAAAGUAGAUUUGAUAGUUUUCUAAAAAGUUUAUUUUAUCAUUUUAUUUUAAGUGGCGUACACUGCAUCCAAACUUGUGCUAUAUAACGUUUCACCUUCCAGGGGCGCUAGAUUUAUUCCAGCCCCAUUCCAUGUCAGAAUUUAAGUACUUGAAAGGGUCAUAUUAUGAUUUUUAUGAUUUUUUUCUACAUUUAAUACACUUCCUUGUGGUGUAAUUGGUUGAAAUGUUGCAUGGAUGAUGUUUUACAGACCGUCUUCAAGCCUCUUUCUGACCGUUCUUUAAAGAAUGCGCUGUUUUGUGUCUUCCACCUCUUCGCCAUGUAGUUUUUAGUGCUUGCAGAUGGAGUAUUAGAAAUGGCAACAGCGAAGGACGCAUGUGCAUGUACAAGCCAGUCUGCCCCACAAUAAGAGGAUAGAGAAAAAGAAGGAGUUUAUUGACUACAAUGGCGGACUCGCGCAAUGCUCUCUAGGUACAUUUUUUACCAUAUAUGGAUAAUCCGCUUUCGUCACAACUCCGAAAAACGUCACAAAUCGGGCAAAUUCAAAACAGUUUGUUUGGAGGCAGAAUGAAGAAAGGCAAAAUUGUUAUAUAACUAUCUCCGCCAUGCCUCCGAGGUUCUAUUUCACAUUUUCUAUGUGCGAUAAACUUAAUCUCAGACCGGCUCGUGAAGUGAAUUAUAUUUAAAUGGCGCUUUUCUCUAGUGACUCAAAGCGCUUUACAUAGUGAAACCAAAUAUCUAAGUUACAUUACAUGGGUGACAAUGGGAGCGGGCGGGUAAAGUGUCUCGCCCAAGGACACAAUGACAGUGACUAGGAUGGCGCAAGCGGGGAUCGAACCUGGAACCCUCAAGUUGCUGGCAGGGCCACUUUACCAACCGAGCUAUACCGCCCCACACGUACAUGCACCCUCCGCUGUUGCCAUUUAUAAUACAAAAUAGCGUAACUUGCAUCUGUUAGUAGACUCCACACUGCAAAAAGUCAGUGUUCAAAAUCAAGAAUAAAACAUACAAAAAUUAGGGGUAUUUUAUUUGUACUAAGCAAAAUUAUCAGAAAAUUGAACAAGAAAAUUUGGCUUGUCAAGACUUACCAAAACAAGUAAAAUUAGCUAACCUCAAUGAACCCAAAAAAUACCUUGAAAUAAGAAUAAUCUCACUAAUAACAACUGUACUACUAUAUGAGUACGUAUUUUGUAUUGUUUCAUUGAAAAUAAAACCGCAAAGUCCAUUUGGCUUUCAUCUGUUUUAAUAUGAGACACAAUUGUGUCAAAGUCCUGAUUUUUUUUCAUGCGUGAAAUAAGAAAUUAUUACUAUUACUAUAUAAAAAGUAGUUUCAUACUUGUGGGUGUUGAAGACACAGCUUUGCAACAGUUGAUAUUCUAGUUUCAAGCAUGUUUUACACACUAUAGGUUAUAAAAUCUUAGCAUUUAGGACCAAAACCCUUAAAACAAGUAAAACACUAACAUAAAAUCUUCUUAGUUAGAAGAAUUAUCUUAUCAGACAGAAAUUAAGAAAAUAUCACCCUUAUUUGAGAUAUUUAAUCUUACUUAGAUUUCAGUCUCUGCAAUGCAUAUGAAGGCGCUUAAAGCUACAACAAAGAUGGCGGGGAGAAGACGCCGUUGAAGUGGAGGCACGCAAAUAAGACCGCCAGACUGAAGAGACGGUCAGAAAGCUGCUUGAAAAUGGUCUGUAAAACAUAAUCUAUGCAAUAUGUUGACCAAAAAAACAUCAUUAAAUGUUAUGUAGACCACAACAAAGUGUUCUGAAUGUAAGAAACAAAUCUUAAUAAUCACCUUUUAAGUCAGCGGGACAAUAUGUGGGGGAAGAGUUUUGAUAGGGAGCAUCUUGAGAAUAGAACCCUUCGACUUUUGCUCGAGGUCAAACCACAGAUUGAAAUUUUCAAGCGCACGCCGCACAGCGUGGCUUUAUACUCGCCGGAUAGACUUAGCCAAGAAGGCUAAUCUGCAUCCGACUUCUAGAAUGGUGGUGUCUUCAUCUUGGAACACUGAGGCCUCCCAGCCAAGUUAUUCUAUCAAAAACGUGACCGACACGCGUGUUGUCCGCAGCCUGCAUUAUGACGUCAUUGCACUUUAGCACCACGUAAUAAAUCACAAGCAGCCCCUCCCUUUAAGAUUGUAUUAUGUUUUGAGGAUGUAGUCCAAGUGUUAAGGUGGCUCCUCCUGCAUGCUUUAAAAUCUGGAAUUUGGCAUCAGAUGCUCUAUGGAAACAAUUAGCAACUGCUGGGCCAGGAAGACGCUUCCUCCAAUCACUUGUCCGAAUAAAUAAAUGUCCUGGAAUUUGACUCAC